AUCACACUGGACUUUCAAUUAUUAAUUCGUGAUGCUGAUUGUUGGUGUAAAAGUGUUAUCCGCAAAAGUGCUCGAAUUGCGGACCCACGUUCUCUGGAUGUACCUUUGAAGUUGAAACUUGGAGACGAAGGAAUUUAAACAAGAUGCUGAAGUGGACGGUAUCGAGAUCCUUGUCUACUGCCAGUUCUACCCCCCAUGGACCACCUACGCUCAACAAGACGGGCCGCCGACCCUUCCGUGAUCUUUCGAAUACCCCGCCCGCGUCUGGCUCGAAAUCCAAAACGCAACUUCCAAGCACGACAAAUUCAUCUGUAGGACUAAAACCUACACCUGGCCGCCGGAGAAGAUGUAGAAGUCAUGGCAGUGACUUGAGGGGAUACUUCCAGGAUUUGCAGAAUUCUUCGGAGGCGACUGAAAGUUUUUACCAGGGAACACCUCGAGUCGAUGCAGAUAUUCCACUCAACCUAUUCCCUAGUAAAUCUCUCAAGAGCCAGACAGCUUUAACUUUACCUGAGGAUCCACCAUCACCAAUGAGGACAAGUACAAGAAACUUCUCGAGUGGCAAUGAACUGCCUCAGAACAUCGUUAACGCAGCACGUGCCAAUCGGCAGUCCCAUGUGUCAGACUUUUUCCAGAAGAUAGCUAUGGCAGCUAGUCCUGAAGACAUCAUGGAAGCAGAUUCAGUUCCUUUGACUAAGAGAAGAAUCUUCUCCCAGAAUUAUGAAAAUACCAAAUCUAUUUCAUCAGAAUUUGCGAAAGUCUCCUGCAUUCCAAAGCUGGCCAGGAUCACAAAACUUCAUUCUAGGUGUAGAACUCCUUACCAUACGAAGACUUCCCAACGGAAGAGUCCUUUUAAAAUUAAAGGUAGCCAGCAAACUCCUCUUGCUGGGAAGCUGUCGGAUCUCAAACUUGAUCAAGACCUGCUAAAGUUUGAGAACGUGGAUAAUACAAUUACAGAAGUUAUUAAUAGAGAGCAAAAGACGCACUACGGAGGCAAAACGGUGGCUGAAAUUCUUCUGAAGGAUUCCAACGAGAGAACAAAAAUUCUCAAAGCAACAACAAAAUCUGAUACAAUCGAAAAUCAAGUACCACCAGAGCACAUUUACGAGACGAUUCCUGAAAAAGAGGAAACAAUCCCAACUAAAGACAUAGAAAUUCCUGAAUCUCACAAUGACAGUUCAGUUUCUUCGGCAAGUCAGUUAUUAGAAAACCCUUCGCCAAUGUCCUGGGCUUUUCAAUCGCCUUCGAAGGACUUUGAGGGCGAAUUCACUCUAAGAAGGCAGCGAGGAAUUCGCAGAAAACGGACGCAAAAGGAAGUAGACCCUGAAAAAAAUUCUGCAAGCAAACGCGCCAAGAAAAGAUCCUUGAGCCUCAGUCCUUCUAGCAUGAUGCAAGUAAGCGAGGUCGAGGUUCAAGAACCCUUUAUGGAGGCUGUGAACCGGGACGUAAAGAGAUGUCCUCUCGAGACGGAUUUGGAUUCUACUUUGGAUGAUAAACUCGCUGGAGGAUCGACGACGACCUUCUGUGUUGAUGUUCAAAGUCAGAUUUUGGAAGACUCGAGAAGGAAGGCCAGUUUUUGGGAUCUAGAGAGUCCCAAGUCAUCUUUACUCGAAGACAUUCAUAGUUCUAAGUCAUUUUAUAAUAAUACUUCGGAGACGCCUCUCGUGGCGACAGUCAGGAGAUGCUUGAAGUACAGUCCAGAAAACGAAGCUCCGAAGUCUAACUGCAGGACGUCGAUUGAGAUUGAAUACUCCGUCCAGGGUGAUCAAAUUAAUGUUCGAGUGAUACGGUGUAAGGAUCUCAGGAGGACUUACGAGGGUCCCAUAUACGCUUACGUGAAAGCGACCUUAAAAAAUUCAAACGGCGUGGGUUUAGUGCAUAAAAGAACUGCAGUUCACAGGGCAACACCGAAUCCAGUUUUUAACGAAACUUUGGUUCUGCCUUGUCCAGUUAUCAAUAACAACUGUUCGAGCCAGACUACCUCUUUGGAUAUUGCCGUCUGGCACAGGGAUCGACGAGCAAGACGCAGCGAGCUGCUGGGCUGCAUGACUCUACCCCUGCCCCUGUCCCAGGACAAGGAAGCCACAUGGCACCCUCUGGAAGCAGGUUCGGGCAGAAAUAUCAGUACCCCAUAUUCAGGGGUAACGCAAGAGUGUGGAGUGUCACCACCUCUAUCAAAGGACGGCGAGUCAGAUAACAAUAAUUCAAGGGGAGAGGAUCUCUCAUACCUUAGACACUUGGAACUUGAGCCUGUUGAUCCCGUCACAGGUCUUCCACUUCAUCCUGGUUUUACUGCUAGAGGUGGUAGAACGCCUUGCACUACUACUAGGAGAUUAACAAGAUCGAGUGUAGGAAAUCCGGCGCCAUGGGGAUUCUCUUUAUCCUGGGGCAGACCGCCUCGAGUGGAGCGAGUGGACACUGCAAGUCCGGCAGAACGGGCAGGUCUCAGGCCAGGAGACCACGUGGUCUUCGUAGAGUCAACCAACGUGGUGACACGAUCCCGAGAAGAAAUCCUGAACUUGAUCCAGACGGCAACACAUCAGUUAAUCCUAGAAGUCUACCGAAAGGGUGGUGUUCGACCUACAUUAAAUAGACCCAGUUCGGUGACAAUUCAGGCCCCGAGCAGUCAGCAUCACUCUGUCACCUUUACGGCCGAGGUGUUUCCGAGCGUUGCAGCGGACGCAUCGCCGGAGGAAGAGUUAAAGUCAAGAGAAUCACGUUAUCAUGCCUCUUUGAAGAGCGGCCACACACGAUUUCACACCCCGCUAACUGAGCAUAGGGAUGUUUUGUCAGUGGCAGAUCAUAUGAUUCUUUUUCAAAACUUCGAAGAGUUGCUCAAAAUCUCGGAAGAAAUCAAGGAUGACGGUGCACGUGUUGAGAGUUACUUGUGCAGGGUGCCACGGAUAACCGCAGCUUAUAGGAGAUACCUCAGUGGACUUCAGAGGGCCUGUUGUCUUUUAGUCACCCUCAGAAGAAAUACAGCCUUUGCAAAAUUAGUUUGUGAGCCUGCUGUUCCCAAAAAAAGAAAACCUGACCUCACUGGUGUCUUAUUACUUCCUCUAGAACAUUACAGGGAAAUGACCAGAUUACUAGGACUUUCAUGUCCAAGAAAUUGUCAGCAGGUGAGGGAUUUAUCACAGGGUUAUAGAGAAGCUACAGCAAAUGCAGGUGUCAUGGAACCUCCGCGUGACACUGGAAAACCUUUGCUGAGUUUGCAGGAAGUUGAAUCACGUCUAGUUUUCGCAAGAUGCAAGCCUUUUAUCCUCGCCAUGCCAGGAAGGCAAUGGAUUUUUGGCGGGGCCCUCGCAAAAGUAGAGGGUCGAUCCUCCUUGCAGCCGUCCUGGGCCCUUCUUUUAACGGACCUACUCGUAUUCGCUCGAAUUUCAAGAGAUCGAGUCCUCUUCGUCACGGAGGAACCACUCCGCCUAUCCAGCAUCGCUGAAGCUUGCUUCAAUGUCAGAAAGAGGCCAACAGAAUUUAGAUUGCAAAUAGCAAUUUCUCCUAAUGGUGCCAACGAGAAUGGACACGUAGAGGUGGUCCAUACUGGUGGUUGCAGUCCUCAUAGCCGCCCUAGAAGAAAAGUUCUGAUCCUAAGGGCUCCCACGGCAGAAUUAAAAGCUGUUUGGCACAAUCUACUUCAGAGACAGAUAAUCUAUGUCAACACAGGUUGUGGAGAUACCUCAACUCCAGAAAGCCCAGAGGAAAAUCUCAAUGUCAACAACGGCUUUAAUAGCAUGAGAGACAAUGCUACCAGCCCUGAGAAUGAUCACACUCAGCAGCAGGAAGAAUACAAAGAACAGUUCGAUGACAGUAUAGACAUCAUCAAAGACUCGAAUAAUCUUGCUCAGUGGGUUCAAAAUUCUCAUCAAAUACCUCCUCCGGAUCAUGAAAUUUCCCUCGAAGAAUGGACCGUAGAAGAAUUGGCUGCCAGAACUCCAAGGGAGAAUAUUGAAAGGACGAUAUCAGAAUAUAUCACGGAAGAAAACACUGCUGUCAAUUCUGAUGUUGAGCAGCAAAGUACGGCAUCCAGUGCUAGUUUGAGUACUGUCAAGUCUAAUACGAUGACCAAGAAGAAUGGAACACACACAUCAAUUAGAGAAACUUCUAUUAACAUAUGUCGAAAAUGCCACAGAUCUGGUUGUCCAACAACGCCUUUACCACGGGACCCUUUUUCGCCUAUUCCUCCGAAAAUUUCUAUUUUGCCACCGACUCCUGAUCUCUGCACCAGACAUAAGGCCGGAAAUGGUUUAACCGAUAGCCCUGGACGAAACAGUCCAGCUUGUGCAUCCGCUGAUGGAAACACUGAGGAUGGAAGUGAAGACGACCUGGAUGGUGAUGGAGAACCUCCUUACAGAGCCUUGAGGAGGUACGGGACACUGAGUAGCCUCGACCAGGAUGAUGAAAUCGAGGAUCAAAUUGAAGAAGAGACUCAAGAUUUAGAAUCUCCUCCUUCAGGAUUGAAAGCCUGGACGAUGAGGGCUAGUAGCUACGUUGUUAGCAAGAUGUCUCUUCUGGAACAUUUCGGUGAAGGUGUUGGUGGAUAUCUUCAGCAGCCUCCAAUUCCACCAGAACGAACCGAAUACUCCUUGGAAACAAACGAUGAGGAAUGCACCACUUCUGGUGGCACUUCCGGUGACGAUAUUUGGGGUACUCCAACUUCUGGUGGUCCAGACGAUGAAAGUUUUGCUGCUAGUCCGCCGCCAACCAACGGUACUGGCAAUCCAGGUCUCUUCGGUGAGGAUAGUUUCGGUCUGAAGAACGAAGAUCCGGACGCCGAUUCGGACAACGAAGAGUGCGACAUUCCAGAGUUAAACAUGGACCAGCUCUUGGGAAGCACCAGCAUGGGUUCCCUCAAGAAUUUUCUCGGUAGGAGGAGACUGGAGCCUCUCCCCGAAGAAGAGGAUUCAUCUGGGAGCGGGAAAAACCAGGUCGGGUGGUGGUGACAGCGAUUUCAAACUGCGAC